GCAUCGUCGACAUACUUUGGAAAACUUGUGUGCCUGGAGAGAACGGGCCCGUGUAAUAUUCCCCCCUCCCGGCGCCAACCCAAACGGCCACCCACCUUCGAGGCAAGCGGCUAUAAAUUGCCGCGCCCACCCUCUCUACCCCCUCACACUCACACUGACGCUUCACUAGCCAACCACGAGCUAGCUAGUGGACUGGCAGGCGAGCUCAGUGAGUGCCCGAGUCAUAGCCCGCCUUUGAAUUCCACGCCAAGUCUUCGCGCUCCCGGCUGAUUCCGUGUCUCGCUCACCACCUUCCUAGCUUGCCUUGUCGAUCGGCGGCUAUAUAAAUUUCUACAGAUGGGGGAGAAUGGUGUGGCCAAGCAGUACUACCCGGCAGCGGCGGCGGUCAUGGAGGUCACCUCCGUGGAGCUCGGCCAGACGGCCGGCUCCAAGUGCUACGACGACGACGGCCGCCUCAAGCGCACCGGGACGAUGUGGACGGCGAGCGCGCACAUUAUCACGGCGGUGAUCGGGUCCGGGGUGCUCUCGCUGGCGUGGGCCAUCGCGCAGCUCGGCUGGGUGGCCGGCCCUGCGGUCAUGCUGCUGUUCUCCUUCGUCACCUACUACACCUCCGCGCUGCUCGCCGACUGCUACCGCUCCGGCGACCAGACCACCGGGAAGCGCAACUACACCUACAUGGACGCCGUCAAUGCUAACCUAAGUGGCAUCAAGGUCCAGAUCUGCGGGUUCCUGCAGUACGCCAACAUCGUCGGCGUCGCCAUCGGCUACACCAUUGCCGCCUCCAUUAGCAUGCUGGCGAUCAAGAGGGCGAACUGCUUCCACAAAGAGGGGCACGGGGACCCAUGCAACAUCUCGAGCAUACCGUACAUGAUCAUCUUCGGCGUGGCAGAGAUCUUCUUCUCGCAGAUCCCGGACUUCGACCAGAUCUCGUGGCUGUCCAUCCUGGCCGCCGUCAUGUCCUUCACAUACUCCACCAUCGGCCUCGGCCUCGGCAUCGUCCAGGUGGUCGCCAACAAGGGCGUCAAAGGCAGCUUCACCGGCAUCAGCGUCGGCGUGGUGACCCCGAUGGACAAGGUGUGGCGCAGCCUGCAGGCGUUCGGCGACAUCGCCUUCGCCUACUCCUACUCCCUCAUCCUCAUCGAGAUCCAGGACACCAUCCGCGCGCCGCCGCCGUCCGAGGCCAAGGUCAUGCGCCGCGCCACCGUCGUCAGCGUCGCCGUCACCACGCUCUUCUACAUGCUCUGCGGUUGCAUGGGCUACGCCGCCUUCGGCGACAACGCCCCGGGGAACCUCCUCACUGGCUUCGGCUUCUACGAGCCCUUCUGGCUCCUCGACGUCGCCAACGCCGCCAUCGUCGUCCACCUCGUCGGCGCCUACCAGGUCUACUGCCAGCCUCUGUUCGCCUUCGUAGAGAAGUGGGCCCAGCAGAGGUGGCCCAAGUCGCGGUACAUCACCGGGGAGGUCGACGUCCCGCUCUCGCUCUCCGGCUCCGGCGGCAGGUGCUAUAAGCUGAACCUGUUCCGGCUGACGUGGCGGACGGCGUUUGUGGUGGCGACGACGGUGGUGUCCAUGCUGCUGCCCUUCUUCAACGACGUGGUCGGGCUUCUGGGAGCGCUCGGUUUCUGGCCGCUCACCGUCUACUUCCCGGUGGAGAUGUACAUCGUGCAAAAGAGGGUGCCCAAGUGGAGCACGCGGUGGGUGUGCCUGCAGCUGCUCAGCCUCGCCUGCCUCAUCAUCACCGUGGCCUCGGCCGCCGGCUCCGUCGCCGGGAUCAUCUCCGACCUUAAGGUCUACAAACCAUUCGCCACCACCAACUGAUCGAUCCAUCGCAUUGAAAUCAUAUGCACAAAUUGAUGAACAGAUGAUUGGCGCCUAGUAUAAUGUGCAGUCCUUAAAGUAGCUAAUUAACUACCACACGGUGAGAAAAAGAAAAGAAGAAAAUUAAUUACUACUGUUCUUGCAUCGCCGAUGUACCGUGUCCUUGCUAAUUUCCAUUGUUUGUGAUUUCGUUAACUGAAAAGUGAAAGGUCGUGAAGAGGAAUGAAACAGUGUGUUCCCGAGUUAAUGCUUGUGUAGGCUCCGUUUGGAGCAUGAACCUACUCCAAUGAAAUUCCUGUAAAACUCACGUGUUGCAAACACGAAUUGUGUACGCAAGAAAUAUAUGCUUCUGACGAUAAUUUCUUA